AUGGUCACCCUACUCAACUACCGUCUCCGAAUCGUCACAUUGGAUGGCCGAACAUUAAUAGGCCAAAUGCUCGCAUUCGACAAACACAUGAACAUGGUCCUAGCCGAUUGUGAAGAAUUCCGUAAAAUCAAACAAAAGAUCAAGGGCCAGCCUGAACGGGAAGAGAAACGGGUGUUGGGCCUUAUUAUCCUGAGGGGUGAAACUAUUGUGUCUCUGAGUGUCGAGGCUCCUCCACCACCCUCUGAUGAACAAAAGGCAAAGGCGGCCAGUAUGCUUGCUGGGCCCGGUGUGGGAAGACCUAUGGGGAGAGGAUUGCCUGUUGCGCCGCCUAUGGGUGCUCCUAUUGGAUUGGCUGGACCUGUGCGUGGUAUUGGUGGACCAGGAGCUGGAAUGAUGGCACCACAAGCACCUUAUGGACGAGGCGCACCUAUGCCUGGACCACCAUUCCUGGGUCGAGGAGGCCCGAUGCCACCAAUGGGGGCUAUGCCGUUCCCUGGAAUGCCGCCACCUGGUUUCCGUCCCAACAUGCAGAUGCCCGGCGCACCACCUGCACGUCCACCAUUCCAACCACCUUCAUUUAGACCGCCUCAAUAG